CCCGGAAGUGUCUCCAAGAGGCCGGUCCGACGGCUCCGGCGCCCGAGCGGGGGCGGUGGGCAGCUGGGGAGGCCUGGGCCGCCCUGUCUCCGGUAGUCGGCUUGUCCCGCCUUUCUUCCUACCGCUGCUGAAAGGUAGUGGCACAGUCUCCACUCACUGCAACCUCCAUCUCCCAGGUUCAAGCAGUUCUCCUGCCUCACCUUCGUAGUAGCUGAGAUUACAGGUCCAGUUAUCUUUUGACUGCCACAUAUGGACCCCAAAAGAUCUCCAAAGGAAACUGUCCUCAUUACAGGAGGAGGUGGCUAUUUUGGUUUUCGCCUGGGCUGUGCUCUGAACCAAAAGGGAGUCCAUGUGAUUCUGUUUGACAUCAACAGCCCUGCUCAAACCGUUCCAGAAGGAAUCAAGUUUAUACAAGGAGACAUCCGCCAUGUGUCUGAUGUAGAGAAAGCCUUCCAGGAUGCAGACGUCACUUGUGUGUUCCAUAUUGCCUCUUAUGGUAUGUCAGGGCGGGAGCAACUCAGUCGAAACCCAAUCGAAGAAGUCAACAUCGGGGGCACAGAUAACAUCCUCCAGGCUUGCCAAAGGAGAAUGGUGCCCAGGUUAGUUUACACCAGCACUUUCAAUGUCAUCUUCGGAGGUCAAGUUAUCAGAAAUGGGGAUGAAUCUCUGCCCUACCUGCCUCUUCACCUCCACCCUGAUCACUACUCUCGGACCAAAUCUAUUGCAGAGAAGAAGGUGCUGGAGGCAAAUGGUACACCCCUGAACGGAGGUGGUGAUGUCUUAAGAACCUGUGCUCUGAGGCCAGCUGGCAUCUAUGGGCCUGGAGAACAAAGACACCUUCCCAGAAUAGUCAGCUACAUCGAGAAGGGUCUGUUCAAGUUUGUCUACGGGGACCCUGGGAGUCUGGUUGAGUUUGUCCACGUGGAUAACUUGGUGCAGGCUCACAUUCUGGCCUUGGAAGCCCUGAGAGCUGACAAGGGCCAUAUUGCCUCUGGACAGUCCUACUUCAUCUCAGAUGGCAGACCCGUGAACAACUUUGAGUUCUUCCGGCCUCUGGUUGAGGGCCUGGGCUACACGUUCCCAUCUACCCGCCUGCCAUUGACCUUGGUCUACUGCUUUGCUUUUCUAACAGAGAUGGUCCACUUCAUUCUGGGUCGACUCUACAACUUCCAGCCCUUCCUCACUCGCACUGAAGUUUACAAAACUGGUGUGACACAUUAUUUUAGCUUAGAGAAAGCCAAGAAAGAGCUAGGUUAUAAGGCUCAGCCAUUUGACCUCCAGGAAGUCGUGGAGUGGUUUAAAGCCCAUGGUCAUGGCAGAAGUUCUGGAAGUCGUGACUCGGACUGUUUUGUUUGGGAUGGGCUGUUGGUCUUCCUCCUGAUUAUAGCAACUCUCACUUGGCUGCUUUCUGUGAUUCUGUUGCUUUGAAGGAGGGGUCAGACAUAAGCUGAUCACAAUUGGCUGAGGUGGUUCUCAAGAAACAUGGGUUUUAAAAUGUGUACAGUGAUAUCUGGUGCCAAACAUUGGCUCUUCAAAUUGCCACUUAAGAACAGGUUCUUGGAUUGAAUCUUUAUGGCUUACUUCCUUGCACUAAUCCAGAUGGGAAUGAAAAAAAAGAAGGAAAGAUUAGUUUGAAAUUUGAUUUCUUAUGUCCUUCUGUUUUAGAUGGGUACAAGAGAGGUCAGUUGGGAGCCAUAGAAGUUGGGUUAGAAGAGUUUGUCUUGAAUUUCUCAGAGCAAGAUGUGCUUAUUUCCAUUUUAUGCACUCUGCAUCUACCUAAACCUCUGAGUGAUGUGGGAAUGGCACACUGCUUCCAAGUGUGUGAAAAACACCAAAUUGGCCCAGAUCCCUAGCAGAGCAGUCCUCCAAGGGGAUGGUGGCUGUUGCUGGGGAGCAUCCGCUAUUCACAGUGUAAGUUUUAGGUGUUAACACUUGCCCUUGGUGAUAUCAGGGCAUUAUGCCUUUGUGAACACAUGGUAAUGUUUCCUGUUUGGGCCUUUAUCCUACCUCAUGGGAUUCUUUUGAGGAUUAAUUAGACAAAGCAUACAAAGUGCUCCUCAACACACAAAGCCAUUCCUUUUAUCAGAAUUGUGAUGUUCUCUUUAGAGGGCUGUUGCUGCUGGACUUUCUGGAAUGUCUUUAGGUGUGCCCUCAGAGCCUGCAACAAGUAUUUUUGGACAUACUCUAUUUGUAAAGUUUUGGCCUCUGCGAAGGCCAAAAGGAAGCAGCUGAAAAUCUGAUGAUUAAAGGAGGCAAUCAUGCUGAUGCCAUUUUCAAUUUAAAAAUGAAGCAUAACUCUAAACUCAUAGAUGGGUUUUCUUACUGGGAAGAAGUUUGGCUCACUGAAGACAGCUUCCAGUGAGGAAAGUAUUGAACAAUGGCAGCACUGUCUGGCCACCCCGAACUGUUACAGACAUUCCAGUUACACUGUUGCAUAGAGACCCAAGUGGAAAGACAGAGUCCAUCUCCCUCCAGGGCUCCAGCUACAGGAAGGAUAGUAAGGAAGCAUUACAAGGGGGACACACAUUGCCGUGGAAAGUUCUGCUAGAGAGUGUCUGUAAAAUACAAAUAGAAUGUGCAAUCCCUGUUGAAUGCUGCCUGGAUGUUUUCAGAAAAGCUCUGAACUUGAUGUCAGGAGACCUACACCGUGAAUAUCAUGUGUGGCCUUACCAAGGAACAGAAGCCCCUUUGAACUCAGCCUCCUCACUUGGGAGCUGGGACCGACUGGAUUUGCCCUUUCUAUAGACCCACCCACCUCAUAGGGUUCACUGGGAGCAUAAAGCAAGAUGUGGUUUAAUAUAAAUUGCAACAUC